AAUAUACAAUUCAAUUCGUAAGUUCGUAAAUCAGUAUCGUAAAUUCUUAAGUACAAAUAAACUUUAUUAGCUAAUGAUAGCGGCUGAUAAGACAAGAAAGCUUAAAUUCAUUAAGUGCUUCAAAUAAAUCAUUCAAAGUGAUUAAAUUUAAAUCGAUUUUAUGCUUACAAUGAUUGUUGUUAAUAAAAAAUCGAUUCCAUAAAUGUGACAAUAUAUCUCAGUUUCGUUAAUUACUUCACAAUUCAUUUGUAGACAUUCUCGUGUGUCAUCAUUGUUCUAAAUGUUUAAACUACUUUCAUCCUGUCGUGGUAUGCCCACUCAACGUGAAAUAAUCGAAGUGGAGCGCUACGAUGUGUCGAGUCUUUGUGUUGCAGCUGCAAUUUCAUAUCAAGGUCGUCAAACCUAUAUGGAAGAUAGAUUUUCUGUCCUAACAAACAUAAAUGGCUCAGAAAUAUCACUUUACGCAAUUUUCGAUGGACAUGCUGGAGAAUUCGCAGCUGAUUAUGCGAAAGACAUCAUAAUGCCAAAUAUAGCGCAAAAGCUUUCAGAUGUGUUGGAUUUGUUGAAACUUAAAACUGAAAAGUCUGCUAAAGACAAAGAAUUGAAUAAAAGAAAUAAAACUGAAAAUACUGAAGAUGCAAUAGAAGAAGAUUUGAUUCAAGGCAAUCCAUUGAAUGUCUACAUAACGUCUGAAAAUCUUAUAAAUUACAAUAAACUUUUAUAUGAUGAGAUAAUAAGCAAUGACGCAGCCCUGACUCAAAGAAUGGCUAAUGCUGCAUUAUUUGGCGGAACAACUGCGAACAUUGUUUUAGUCGACUUAACAUGCCAUAAUAAAACACAAUCAGGAGUUGUUGUUUGUGCAAAUGUCGGCGACUCAAGAGCGAUCCUAUGUGACUCUAAAGGAAUUGCUUACAAUCUAUCGAAAGAUCAUAAACCAGACAAUCCUGAAGAACUUUCAAGAAUUCAAAGUAACGGUGGUUAUGUGAGUAAUAAAAGUGGUUGUUGGAGAGUUGACGGCUCUUUGGCAUGUUCACGGUCACUCGGCGAUUAUCCACUUAAGCAACGAAAAGUUUUGAUUGCUGAUCCCGACAUCAGAUUUUAUGACAUCAAAGAUCACAAAAACUUACCGAAAUUUAUAAUUAUUGGCUCUGAUGGUUUAUUCGAUGUGUUUGGAAAUCAAGAAAUUUGUGAUUACGCAAAGACAAAACUCAAAGAGAAUCAUUACGGCGCAAGAUCACUCAUGAAAAAGGCUUAUGCAAGAAAAAGUUCUGACAACAUUAGCGUAAUCGUCAUAAAGUUCAUUAAACCAAAAGCGAAGAAAGCACCAAAGCCGAGUUAUGAUUUGACAUCAAAUACUUACGAGUGGUUGAAAUGA